AUGCAUUUAUGCGACGUUGUACGAGCUGGAGAAUUGCCAGAUACAUUACCGCAAGAACUCGUGCCGCCAACGUUUCGUCGUCCUUGUUUAGUGAAUGCGGCAUCCGGUUCGCUAACCAGUCCAAAAGGACCAUCAACACCCGAGUCCAAUGUACAAGGUUUGAUCGCCACGUCACCACCACCUACCGACGACAUGAAAAUGAUGUCUCCAGUUUCUUUCGAAGACAAGCGAAAAGAGAAUUUCGAUAAAGGGCAAGCUGAGCUUGAUAAAAGAAGAAAAGCUUUGGCUGAACAGCAGCGUCGUGAGCAAGAAGAAAAAGAGAGAAAGGAGCGCGAAGAAUAUGAAAGAAAAGAGAAGUUGCGGCUGGAACAAGAACGCCGCCAACAAGCCGAACUGGAGAAGAAGUUGGUCAAACAACGCGAAAUAGAAAUGGUGAGUUGGUUGUUUUUCAAAGAAGAAACGUGCUAA